UGUUGAGAGCUUUUGACCAAAACAAAAAAAAAACAUUUAGAUGUUGAGAGCUCCAUAAAUGGGAAGGGAAUGAGAGGUUGGAGUGAGAGCAUUUAACCCUAAUAGAGCUAGCAAGAAGACAAGCAACAAGAAACGCUAGUUGAGGGUUCUGUCUUUGCAGCCUGAUAUUGGAGGAGAAGAUCUCUUUUGUUAUCUACUCAUCCGCCCAAUCUAACCGUAACUUCCAAUUUUCAGCUACAUAAAAUUUCUUUUUUCCGGUUGUCAGAAGUAUAUAAAAAUUCUUUGCAUCUACUACUUUUUUAUAUCUCUCCCUGGAGGACUAUCAGAAUCUAGGGAGACCUCUAAAGAAGGACCAAGCACCUGACUUUCUCCUUAGUCUUCCCCAAUGGCCAGUUGGGUAUUAUCAGAAUGUGGUAUAAGACCACUCCCCAGAAUCUACCCAAAACCACGAACUGGCCUGAAUAAUUUCAAUGCCAAACUGAGACUACCAAAACUAGAUCUGGGUAGUUCUUCUUUUUCUUUUUCAAGUGGGGUAAAGGACAGGAAUUGGGCAUUGAAUGUUAGUGCCCCAGUUAGAGUACAAGGAAUUGGAGAAGAAGAAUACAAGGCAAGGGGGAGGAUUAAUGGAGUAAUUGGGGAUGAUGAAGGUGAAUUUGACCCAGGUGCGCCGCCACCAUUCAAAUUGGCCGAUAUUAGAGCAGCUAUUCCUAAGCAUUGCUGGGUCAAGGAUCCAUGGAGGUCCAUGAGCUAUGUGGUGAGGGAUGUUGUUGCGGUUUUCGGAUUGGCAGCUGUUGCAGCUUAUUUCAAUAAUUGGCUCGUUUGGCCUCUCUACUGGUUUGCCCAAGGGACUAUGUUCUGGGCCCUGUUUGUUCUUGGCCAUGAUUGUGGGCAUGGAAGCUUAAUCCAGGCUGAAUGUGUGUUGUAUCUUCAUAUUCUUCAUUCUUCAAUUCUCGUCCCUUAUCAUGGAUGGAGAAUUAGCCAUCGGACUCACCAUCAGAACCAUGGUCAUGUUGAAAACGAUGAAUCCUGGCACCCUUUAUCUGAAAAAACUUUUAAGAGUUUGGAUAGUGCCACCAAAAAAUUAAGGUUCACUUUGCCAUUCCCCUUGCUAGCGUACCCAGUAUAUCUGUGGGGUCGGAGCCCUGGGAAGACUGGCUCUCAUUUUGAUCCAAGUAGUGAUUUGUUUGUCCCUAGUGAGAGAAAUGAUGUGAUUACUUCAACAGUUUGUUGGGCGGCUAUGGCUGCAUUGCUUGUGGGUUUAUCCUUUGUUGUGGGUCCUGUUCAAUUGCUCAAACUCUAUGGCGUUCCCUAUUGGAUUUUUGUCAUGUGGCUAGACUUGGUUACCUACUUGCAUCACCACGGUCAUGACGAGAAGCUGCCUUGGUUUCGGGGAAAGGAGUGGAAUUAUAUGAGAGGAGGUCUUACGACGAUUGAUCGUGAUUAUGGAUGGAUUAAUAACAUCCACCAUGACAUUGGGACCCAUGUGAUUCAUCAUCUCUUCCCACAAAUGCCUCACUAUCAUCUAAUUGAAGCAACAGAAGCUGCUAGGCCAGUGCUAGGGAAGUAUUACAGGGAACCAAAGAAAUCAAGGCCUCUUCCAUUUCAUUUACUGGGAGUCCUGGUGAGAAGCAUGAGGAAGGAUCACUAUGUGAGUGAUACUGGGGAGGUUGUCUAUUAUCAGAGUGACCCUCAGCUUUCUGGUUCUCGAAAGUUGAACUGAGGCACUGAAGAAGAUAUAUAUAUAUAUAUAUACCUAGUCUGUUGUAUCAAGCCGGCCUGCUAAAAGACUCAGUUCUUUUCGACCGACUUGUAUCUCGAAGCUGUUAAAGAUUCUGGAGCUUGCAAAGACCAGAAUCAAGGCAACCACUCUUGCCUUAUAAACUCAUUCUUUCCAUCCAGUAAUUAGGGAUGGCAUAUAGGCUUUGAGAGGGCAUUGCAAUUUUUUGUCUAGCAUAAAGUAUAUCAUGAUGUAACCAUAGCAGAGUGGUCAGUGUUAAAAAGGAUGAUAUUUUGAUGCCGUAAAAUGUACUACUACUAUCAAUCUAUUCGUAGCACAGAGUGGUUUGAGGGUUUCGUCCC